AUGGUACCCUCAUGCAAACUUCCAGAGGAGAGUGAUGCCUCCAUGCGAGCCAGGCUGUUCACAAGUUUAAGCCAAAGCUUCCCACAUAGCCAGCUGUACAAGGCUCUUCAUGGAGGGGAAGACAUCAUCCUGAAUGCCGGCGACAACUCCGAGGACGACGAUGAUAGCUUGUAUGGUGAUCACUUAUCAAACAGCUGCUUUGCUUCUUUACGCAUGGAUCGCCGGGACAGUGAUGAUUUUGACGAUGACCUCAGGUCUUUAGAGUGGCUUCAGAAUGAAGAUCUGCUCAAAAACAUUGGUGGGGAGAAGUUGGACAAAGAGGAUGACAGCGAAGAACAGAAGGAGAACGAGGACAUAAAGCCGGAUAUUCAUCUGUUGCAAGGUGCUUCAGGACAACAGCCUGCCAAUCUGUCAUACCUCCCGCAGAAGCACAUCAACAGCAAACCGCCAUACUCAUUCUCGUGUCUCAUUUUUAUGGCAGUUGAAGCAUCACCAGAGAAGCGGUUGCCAGUGAAGGACAUCUACAACUGGAUCUUAACACAGUUUCCUUACUUCCAGAACGCCCCGACAGGGUGGAAAAACUCAGUGCGGCACAACCUCAGCUUGAACAAAUGCUUUAAGAAAGUGGAGAAAGACAAAGGACAGAGUAUUGGGAAGGGAUCAUUAUGGUGCAUAGAUCCAGCAUACCGCCCCAAUUUGCUUCAGGCCCUGAGGAAAACCCCUUACCACCCGUACCACCAGCUGCAAAUGACUUCCACUCAACCACAAAACUACAUUCAGUGCCAGACUCUUCCAGGAUGUGGUCGCACAGUUCUUCCACUAACUCAGAGACCAGUGCCAAAUACUGUUUCACCCCAUUUAUUUCCAUUUUUGAGCCGUAGGCUUGCUCAGACCUCAUUUGAUGUUGAUAGUGAGAUGAAAGAUGUUGCACAGACCCUUGUUGCUCUGAAGAGCUCCUACAAGAAAGAAUUGUCCGACAGUUCCUCAGGCGAAGACACAGGACCAACAUGGAGACAUCACAGGAAAUUUGUGAGGCGGCCAUCGAGCCCAGUUGUAAUCACAGACCAUCCUUAUGAUGACCAUGCAUACAGCUCUACAAGAGUGUUGGACGAUGAUGCACCUUCACCGUCUUCCUCUUCUUCGAUAGAUGAGGAAUAUGAUUUUGGAGAUGCAGAUGAAGAAUGUGAUUCUGAGUACCAGUCUGACAUGGACUGGGACAGCGAUGACGACAAAGAUGACGUUGAUGGUGACCUGCCCAACAACAAGAAGCUAAGAAUAGAUAUGCAAGCAGAACGUGAAGAGGCAGCCGCUAUAGAAGAAAAUGAGGAAGAUGAACAGAAGAAACUCCACGAAGGUGCCAGCGCUUUGCUGAAUCUGGCUGGCCUACUCUUGAACCAUCACAGCAAUAAUGCCAGUUCAGAUGCUGUUGUAGAUUCACACAUAAAAGACAUUCGUGACGAGCAACGACACAUAGAGCAGAAAAAGAAAAUUAGCAAAAAAGCAAAGAAUGUUAAGAAAUCUCCUGCUUAUCAGAAAGAAGAAAAAAUGGAACAGAGAAAAAGAAGUGUGAGUAAAAGAAAAAAUGCAGGAAGUAAUGGGAAGUAUGAUUCUGGGGAGUACUCAUUGGAAAAACCAGGCAAAUCAACAGCAAAAGGGAGAUUCUCAAGCUCUGGGUUACAGAACACUGUGAAAUCCGAGUCACCUAUGUCGACUGUUGCAGAAUCUGAAAAGGUGUCCAGCUCUUCGUCUAAAAGCAAGCCUGUGCAAAGCAGUACAAGUAAGCAGACUGUUGGAAGACGAAAAUUAAAAUUAUCAAAGGCGUUUAGUUCAUCAACGAAACUGAUUUCUUCUGUGACUGCUAAAAACACUACAGAUAGCAAGACAUUUAAAAAUCACACACUCAGUUCUAAGAGCAAAAAGAAUCUUCCUAAAAAGGGCACACCUAAAAGCAUACAGCUGAAAAAAGUCAAAGCAGGUGCUGAAAAUUGUAGCAAGAUCACCACAAGUGAGUCCUCAGCACAUGCUAAAGCAGAAAGCAGUCAAGUGACAUCAAGCUCUGAUAGUACGAACAAUAAUGACAGCAUUAAAAAAGAAGUUGUGGAUGAGGAAGAGGACAUCUUGGUAUGGUCAGAUCAGAAACAGCCAGACAGUGGCGAUCAUGCAGUUGAUGAAAAGAAAAACCAUGGCAUUAAAUCUGGCCAUAAAGGCCCCUCAUUAGCAGUAUUCUCUCAUAUAAAUGGCGACACCAUUUCCCCAGCUGGAGAUGCGCCUGCCAGGCCCAAGGUCAAAUCAGCUGCGGUCAAGAGAGAGAAGUCUUCUGAGUCCAAGUCAGCUCAUUCCUCUCCUAAGGUAGCCAGCAGUAGCACUGUUGAUGCUGUAAAGUCACAUGGCAGCAAAAGUAGUCCAAGCAAGAGUGUUUCAAAUAUACCACCACCACCAACGACUCUGCAUAAGAGUCCUCACUUCACACGCUUCUCAAAGAAAAAGGCGGCCUUAUCUUAG